AUGGAGGCGGUGGGGGCCGCCGCCCGCCGGCUGGGGGAGCUGCUGCGGCCGCUGCGGGGGCCCGGCUCGGGCGGCGCGGAGGAGCCGCAGCCCGCGCGGGCGGCGGAAGGAGACGACGACGACGACGACCACCGGGACGUGCUGCGGCUCCUCAGGUUAAUUGAGAAAAUUAAGCAACAACUCAUGGAAUGUAAAGUGAUGAUCGAUAGGAGUGAAGAAAGAACUCCUGACCAAAUCAUAGAAGAAAGAUUAAUCGAAAGCCAAGUUGAAGAGUUGGAAAGUGAAAUUGAAGAGGCGAAGACUUCUUUCAUGAACAAAACGCUGGCAUUAAGAAGGUUGCAACUUGGCAACACUCUCAAAACCAAGCUGGUGAAAAAUGACAGUGAUUCUGGAUUGAUCUUGACGACCCUAAAGCACAUAUUAACGCUGAGCGGUGCCAUCCUGAAAGCUCAGCAGGAAACUCGAGAGAUGGAUGAAAGGCUGCUUGAAGUUCGGAAGAAGAGGCUCGCGCUGAAGCAGACGGGAGAACGCCAGCUCGUCGACAUCCAGACCCUAAAGAGGAAGAAGAAAGAGGAAUUAGAGGGUAUGGAAGUGAGCGACCUGAUAAAGAGGAUCAAGGAGAACGUUCAAAAAGAAAUUCAGAUGACCGUCGUGAUUCAGAACGUCUUCCAGAACAUCAUUAUUGGGACCCAGGUCAACUGGGCUGAAGAUCCGGCCUUAAAGAAUAUUGUUUUACAGCUUGAGAAAAACCUAGUGUCUUGAACAAGAAGACAGUGUAUCUUUUAUAAACAUUUUCGUUCCUUCAGACUUAGUUGCCCGGGUGAGUGUGACAUUAUUGUGUCUGUCGUGCUCAUCUUGAGAAUGCGCUUCGUGAUUUUUAGAUGUGUUGAACUAAAAUUUCUGCAAGUGCACCAAUGCAUUUCUGCUCCAGUCAUGCUGAUAUUAGUUGUAAAGCAGCUGUAAAAUCUGCCCGUUAUGAACCUUGAAGGUAUUAUGAUCUUAUCCCACCUUAUAAACCACUUUUUAAAAACUUUUUUUUUUUAAUUUGGGAAGAUUGGAAUUGCGUAGUGAAUCCAUUCUUUGGUCCCAGCUACCGUUUUAGAGUGUCCUCCGGGAAAAUGCCUUUGGAUCAUUCCGUCGUGUCACGCUACAGUAAGGAGAUUUGUUGAGAGGAACAGCAUUGUAAUGUGUUCAGAAUGGCCUCUAAUUGCAUUUGAAAACCUUUCAAUCCUAUUUUGUAUUAUAAAGUUUGUAUUUACUCCAGGCGUUGAAUUAAAGUGUACGGCUUCCAGUCAA